GGACUAUGGGGAAGGGUUCGAAUUCCGAAAGAUUUAACUCGCGGGAGGAGUAGACACCGCUGCCCAGUAGUUUACUUUCUUCCCCAAACCCUCAAGAGGAAGUCCUCUGAUGAACACUGACAUUAAAAUUUUAACCAUCAUAGCUAAUUUGGAUCAUAACCAGCUGAACGGGUGUAACUGUGGUCUUGGCAAAUUCAGAAACAUAGGUCCUGUAUGAGAAUAAUUUACUAAAAUUAUCAUCAAGCUAUGCAGAGAAUCUCCAGGAGGAAUAUUAAUUCAAGAGUUUCUGACAUAGAGUUGAACUCUGUGGAUGCUGAGAAGGAAAAAAAAGAGAAUCAAAAUAACUUUGUUGAACUGCUUCCUCCAGAAGUUACCUUUAAAAUUUUCAGUCAGCUGGAUGUUUGGAGUUUGUGCAGAGCUUCAGUGACAUGCAGGAGCUGGAAUUACACAAUAAGAAACAGUGAUUCCUUAUGGAAACCUCAUUGCUUGGCUCUAAGAGCUGUGUGCCAAAGAGAAAUAGAUGAUGAUGUGGAAAGUGGUUAUUGCUGGAAGGUAAUACUACUGAGAAAUUACCAGAAGAGUAAAGUGAAACAUGAGUGGCUGAGUGGUAGAUACAGCAAGCUAUGUUCUUCUAUUAGCCUACCAGAAAAAAUCAUGUACCCAAUGGAUGCAGAUACUUGGGGAGAAAUUCUAGAAGCAGAAUUGGAAAGAUAAGCAGGAAAAUCACAAACAAACCUCUUAACUUUGAGAAUUUAAAACUAAAAUGACUCUUGGUUACAAAAUGUGUAUCUUUACCCAUUCAAUUUUUUGUUCACCUUUUUAAUAUGUAACUUUUAAAAGAAGACAAGUAGAAAAUACUAUAAAAGUAAAGCUUUGUAUUUUGCACUUUAGUAAAAAAUAUUUUUCUGUUUUUAUUAUAAAUUGAUAAAAUGAAAUGUU